AUGGCCAAGUUGACUGGACAAGAAGUUGCAGAACAUAACUCAGGAGAGUCAUGUUGGGUUAUUGUUCAUGGGAAAGCAUAUGAUGUUACAGAGUUCUUACCUGAACAUCCUGGUGGACCUAAGAUUAUUCUCAAAUAUGCGGGAAAAGAUGCAACAGAAGAAUACGCACCAAUUCAUCCACCUGAUACACUCGAUAAAUUCUUAGAUAAAGCGAAACAUUUAGGACCAGUUGAUAUGGGUACAGUCGAGGUGGAAGAAAAAGAAUUCGACCCAGAUGAAGAAGAAAGACAGAACAGGAUUGCCCGCAUGCCAAUUCUGGAACAAUGUUACAAUUUGAUGGAUUUCGAGUCGGUGGCGAGAAGGGUCAUGAAGAAGACCGCUUGGGCAUAUUAUUCUAGUGGUGCUGAUGAUGAAAUUACGAUGCGAGAAAACCAUACGGCCUUUCAUAAGAUAUGGUUUCGACCAAAGAUUCUUGUCGAUGUGGAAAAGGUUGAUUUCACUACAACUAUGCUUGGAACAAAAUGCGAUAUUCCUUUCUAUGUGACAGCUACAGCAUUAGGAAAGCUUGGAAAUCCCGAAGGAGAGGUCGUCCUAACUCGUGCGGCAAAGAAACACAAUGUUAUACAGAUGAUUCCAACUCUAGCAUCUUGCUCAUUUGACGAAAUCGUGGAUGCCGCAGGGGCAGAUCAGGUUCAGUGGCUGCAACUGUACGUCAACAAGGAUCGAGCGAUCACUAAAAAGAUUGUUGAGCAUGCUGAACGUCGUGGUUGCAAGGGUCUAUUCAUCACAGUCGAUGCUCCCCAAUUAGGACGAAGAGAAAAAGAUAUGCGUUCAAAGUUUACGGAUGUAGGAUCAUCUGUUCAAUCAAGCAGUGGAACAUCCACGGACAAUACUCAGGGUGCAGCAAGAGCUAUCUCGAGCUUUAUCGAUCCAUCUUUGAGUUGGAAAGAUCUUCCUUGGUUUAAAUCCAUCACCAAGAUGCCCAUCAUUCUCAAGGGUGUUCAACGGGUGGAAGAUGUUAUCCGAGCUGUUGAAUGCGGUGUUCAAGGUGUCGUUCUUUCCAACCAUGGAGGUCGUCAAUUAGAUUUCGCACGAUCAGGUAUCGAAGUUCUCGCCGAAGUCAUGCCUGUUCUCCGGGAACGUGGGUGGGAGAACCGCAUUGAGAUAUUCAUCGAUGGCGGAGUUCGAAGAUCUACUGAUAUCAUCAAAGCCCUAUGUCUCGGUGCCAAAGGUGUUGGAAUCGGUCGACCAUUCUUGUAUGCCAUGAGUGCGUAUGGAUUGGCGGGAGUAGAUCGUGCGAUGCAGUUAUUAAAGGAUGAGAUGGAGAUGAAUAUGAGGUUGAUAGGGUGUUCGAGUGUGGAUCAGUUAAAUCCGACAUUGAUAGAUACGAGAGGGUUGAGUUUACACACUACGAUGGUUCCGAGUGAUAAUUUGGGUAUGACUACCUAUGAUCCUUUAGCAUACCCCGCGGAAAAGGCAAAGUUGUAG